AUGGAUUUGGAAGAAAUCGGAAAUAAAAUUUCGAACCUGACUUUCUACGACUUGAAGUCGUUCUACACGCAGGCGAAGAACUAUGCGUUGAACAUUAGCGAGAUUGAAGCCAAGGUGCGCGAUGCAACGAACGACGAUCCAUGGGGCGCAAGCUCGACAUUGAUGCAGGAGAUUGCACAAGCUCACGACUUUAACGAGAUUAUGCCGACCAUCUUUAACAGGUUUAUGGAGAAAGAUGCGAGCGAGUGGCGCCAAAUCUACAAGUCGCUCCAGCUCCUCGAGUACAUUGUCAAGAACGGCUCGGAACGUGUCGUGGAUGAGGCGCGUUUGCACCUGUCCACCAUCAAGAUUCUGCGCACGUUCCAUUACAUUGAUGAGCAUGGCAAGGAUCAAGGGAUCAAUAUUCGGAACCGCGCCAAGGAGCUCGCGACGUUGCUCUCUGACAUCGAUACCAUCCGUGUCGAGCGCCGCAGGGCGCGUGCCAACAGAGACAAGUACCGCGGUACGGGCAACGCUGACUUUGUGCCUGGUAGUGGCGGCGGCCGAUACAGCGGAUUCAGUAGCGAGAGUUACCAUGCCGGUGCGGGAGCGCCUGGCGGUGCAACGGCCUACGGUACAAACACGCCGUACGGCGCUGCCGCCUCCGAGUACGAAGAGUACGAUGCUGGCGACGAUGAUGAGAGGCAGGCACCGGACGCUGCGCCUGCACAGCCCGAACAGCGCACGGUCGACUUGUUUGUGUUUGAUGAUCCUGAGCCAGCGCCGAAGCCUGCGCCAGCGCCGCCGGGGCCUACGCCCGCGUUUGAGUUUGACGAGUUUGACGAUUUCCAAACUGCUCCGACACACACGCAGAUCGUCAUGGCCGACGAGAAGCCUGCAAACAAGCCGAAGAGCCGCAACGACAUUUUUGAGUUUUUCGACAAAGAGCCGUCGCCGCCGUCGCGCAGUGUGCGGUCCGUGCCGCCGAUGCAGCCGCCGCUUGCAAGCAAGACAAGUGCGCCGCUGAAACCUGUGCGGCAAGCGCCUAAGAGCAGCGAUACGUUUGGCGAUCUAUGGGAGACGUCGCGCGGCAAGGCAUCUGCAACAAAAGGAGCUGACAAAGGCAAGAUGCCCAUGGCACAACUCGCCAAGGACCAGACAAGCAGCUCUGUGUGGGGCAGCGACGCGAGCAAGCCGAAAAGCGCGCAGUCCGAAGACUUGUUUGAUCUUCUAUAG